AUGUCUUUGCACUGCUGCCCUGAGAUUUCCAGCCAUGAUUGUUGGGGGCAGUGGUUGGGGCCUGAAAAGGUGAUGCAAGGGCCUCCGUGGUCUGAGAGGUGGCUCUCUGUGAGUCAGGUGAAGAGAAGGAAAGAGAAGGUGAUACAGAUGGAAGAGAGGGAAGGAGCUGGCCUGACUCUGUCCUGGGCUCUCCCUGAACCCAGGCAGCUGGCCAAAGAGAAAGGGGACAAAGGAAGUGACCACAGAGGCAGGUGGGGAGAUGAGAAGACAGAUCCUACGGUUCUGAAACCUGGGAUAGGGGUCCUUAAAAAGGGAAGGGACCUACCUGUCCAUCCUGUUGGGUGGGGGCGGGUCAGUGCCAUUGACUGCUAUUCUCCUCGGAAGUCUGGCCCCAGCCCCUCCCCCUCCCCUAUUAGACAGCUGCCCCUCCCCGCUGUUUAUUUAUUGCACGAAUCUAAGUUAUUCUCCCCAGCCAGAGGCCUAGCGCCCACUGCCUGGGAAAAGUGGUGUGCAGCCCUGAGCUGGACUUUAUAUUUUAUAUCUGCAAAUAAAACACAUUUUAUCUUUUAUUUAGGGAAAGCCGGAUGGCAAAACAACCAAAAAAUGUGUUUUAAAAGAAAAGUGCCCGGCCCCCAGAAUUUAUUUAUUUUUCUGACUUACAGUAAGCGAGUUAUCCGCCUUCUGUAUUUUGUAGACUUCCUGAAUAAAGUCAAGUUCUCUUUUUCCACAGUUUAG